AAAACUCCCAUCGAGUCAAAAUGAGGGUCCCAACGAUGCUGUCGGAGGUGGACGAGUUGCCCUCGAUCCAGCUGGGCGACUACACGCUGCGGUUCGAGCUGGAGGAUCUGACCCCGUUCGGCAAGGAGGUGGCCAUCAAUGAACUGCGCGAAACGCCGGAAAUCAAAGCGCAGGCCGUGGAGGAACUGCGCGCGAUGCUGAAAGGUCAAGAUGAGCUGGUGGUUCCCAUUGAUAACGACGACUGGAUGGUGCGAUUCCUGCGGCCGUGCAAGUUCUAUCCGAAGAGUGCUUUUGAGCUGAUCCAACGUUACUACCAGUUCAAGGUGAAACACGCGGACAUGUACCUGGACCUGAGCCCGUCACGCGAAGUAAACAUCUUCAAGCAGAACAUUUUGUCGGUUUUCCCGAACCGGGAUCAACUCGGUCGACGAAUUCUGCUGCUCGAGCUGGGCAAACCCUGGAAGCACAAGGAAGUCACACUGGAUGAGGUCUUCAAGGGUUGUGUGCUGUUCCUGGAGGCGGCCAUGCUGGAACCCGAGACGCAAGUCAACGGUGCGGUGGUCAUCUUUGACAUGGACGGCCUCACCAUGCAACAGGCGUGGCAGUUCACUCCGCCCUUCGCCAAGCGGAUCGUCGACUGGCUGCAGGACGCUGUCCCGCUGCGCAUCAAGGGCAUCCACAUCAUCAACCAGCCAAAGAUCUUCAACGUGGUGUUCGCCCUGUUCAAGCCGAUCCUGCGGGACAAACUGCGCAACCGCAUUGUGUUCCACGGAACCGAUCGGGAAUCGCUGUACAAGCACAUUUCCAAGGAGUGCCUACCACCGUGCUACGGAGGAACCGUAGAUGCCCCGCGGGUUCAGGGCGAACAGUGGUACGAACUGCUGCUCAAGUGCGACGACGAGUACACCGCCAUCAACAAGUACGGUUACAUCAAGCAGAUGGAAGAUUAUAGGAACAAGAAGAGCAAGAAAAAGUGAACGUAGUCUAGGAAGGGGAAACGGCACAAACGUUGACGUACGGUCGAGUGUGACGCAACAUGGUGAAGUACGCGUAAACGUAUGGGCCCAUAACCGCAUGGAUUUAGAAGCCGUUGUUUUGACACGAUGUCUUGAAUGGAAGUAAUGAUCGUAAAACAUGUAAUAUAGUUUCUACCCAACGGCUUCUUUAAAAAAAUCCGGUUUGAGUCUUUCCUGUGCGUCAAAAAAAAAAAACAAAACUUAAAAAAAACAAACACAAAAAAGGGUAACAGAAAUGUGAUCAACAACCAGACUAAGAUUAAAUCAGCAAAAAUUCCAUUUAAGUUGUUAGGCAUUAGGAAUUAUUUAGUCACUCGCCAGUUCGAGUGGUGACCCCCGUAUCACAUAUUUAACUACGCAAUGAGCUCAGACCAUUCCCAGCACGAUUGGGUGCAAUAUUACUUAGGUACGACGACAAAAUGUCCGUUAAUUUAUUGUUUUAUUUAGUGACAUUUCUUGUUGUACGGCUCUCAAAAACAACUGUGUAUAGCUAUUAGCGAGUAUUUAUACUAAAACCAGAACUAUGUGUUGACUCGUCGCUUACCCAAGGGGAAAUGGUGCGAGGAAACUAGGUUAGGAAAAUAUGUGAAUCAUAUGAAUCAAAAAGUCAUGGUUAGUUCUAAGGUAGUUCAAGCGAAGCUGAACAUGUGGUGAAUUUGCGAAAACUAUUGUUUCUAAGUUCAGGUUUUAAAAUUCAACUAUUUGUUGAAAAGGUGCAACCAAAAUUAUGUACCUACAUCAUGUUAUGUAGCUUAUUGUUUUAUAAAAUUGGUAUCAAUAUUGUAAAUAUUGUAUUUAAAAAGGCGGAUUUUUUUUAUUUUAUUUUUUUUAAUAAAGUUAACCUAGAAAAUGA